AUGGAUUAUUUGGGUAUCAUUGCAAUCAUAUUUUUUUACAUCUUAAUUCUUGUUGUGGGAAUUUGGGCUGGCCGAAAAGCCAAAGAUACCAUUGUGGAAGGUGAACAAACCGAAGAGGUGAUGUUGGCUGGUCGUAACAUUGGUACAAUUGUCGGUAUUUUUACAAUGACAGGUAUGUUUGUUGGUUCUUUUAUUUGCUGA